AGUUGGUUACAUACUCUUACCAAUAAUCACAAAUAUGUCACUGUUAAUUAUCACCAGUGUUCAACCGGUGCAGAGUCGGCCGUCCCAACAAAAUAUCAGUGAAAAAACUCGUGGAAUACACAGGUAGCUUUAAAGUCAAACACCCACCUCUGCCGUAGCAUUUUCGAUUCUUCUGAUCUAAUCUUUGCCCCUUUUAGAUAAAGAGAAUGGGUAAUCUAUUGUGCUGUGUACAAGUGGACCAAUCCACCGUUGCUAUCAAGGAGAGAUUUGGAAAGUUUGAAGAUGUACUUGACCCAGGAUGUCAUUUCCUGCCUUGGUGUCUUGGAAGCCAGGUUUCUGGCCAUCUCUCACUCAGGUUGCAGCAGUUGGAUGUGCGAUGUGAGACCAAGACUAAGGAUAACGUUUUUGUCACUGUCGUUGCCUCAAUACAAUACCGUGCCCUGGCUGAUAGAGCAAGUGAUGCAUUCUACAGACUUAGCAAUACUAGAACACAAAUCCAAGCUUAUGUUUUUGAUGUGAUAAGAGCAAGUGUCCCAAAGCUGCUCCUAGAUGAUGUUUUUGAGCAAAAGAAUGAAAUUGCGAAAGCAGUUGAAGAUGAACUUGAAAAGGCUAUGUCUGCUUAUGGGUAUGAGAUUGUUCAAACACUCAUUGUUGACAUAGAACCCGAUGAGCAUGUGAAGCGGGCCAUGAAUGAAAUUAAUGCAGCUGCAAGGUUGAGGCUAGCAGCCAAUGAGAAAGCAGAAGCUGAGAAAAUUGUUCAGAUUAAGCGAGCUGAAGGCGAUGCUGAGGCAAAGUACCUGGCAGGAUUGGGUAUCGCUAGGCAGCGCCAAGCGAUUGUGGAUGGUCUAAGAGACAGUGUGCUUGGCUUCUCAGUCAAUGUACCAGGGACCACAGCCAAGGAUGUCUUGGACAUGGUUCUGAUCACUCAGUAUUUCGACACUAUGAAGGAAAUUGGUGCUACAUCCAAAUCCUCAGCUGUAUUUAUCCCUCAUGGUCCUGGUGCUGUUCGUGACGUGGUCGAGCAGGUUCGAGACGGGCUGCUUCAGGCAUCAACUCAGCAUCACCCAAGCCAUUUAUAAGGUUUUUCUGCAUUUUUGAAACAAUUGUGCAUGUGUGCCCAGUCUGCCAUGUGUGUAUCUGUAUUAUAUUAUCAAUCGUGGUUCUGUUGGUGAUGAUUGCUGAGUAGGUUCGAGCUGGGCUGCUUCAGUUAACAAACCUUCUAUUACAAGGUUUUUUCUGCAUUUCAAAACAAAUGUGUGAAUAGCUCAUGUCGUGUGUGGGUGGUGAUGAUUGUUACAGUUUGUGUUCUGAUGCCUCUUCUGAGGAAAUUACACUUGUGUAUUGUAUUUUAUUUGCUUCCCAAUUUUUUGUACUCUCGGAUUUUAUGUAACUACACACAAAACAACCUGCCGAGAG